AUGUUCAACGGGAACCGGUUGCUGUCCCGGCUGGACGGAUGCCAUGGUUCUGUUCGUACCUUUGGACCAUGGCUGCUGCUGAAGCUCCCUUAUACCAGCUGCCACUUGGCAUUAUGGACUUCUAAUGGAACGUGGUUUCACCAGUUGAAACUGCGUUAUUUCGACCACCUGCUGCAGGCGAGCGUGACGGCUGUGGCCGCCUGCGAGAAUCCGGCAACGUCACUGCAACCGGCGUCGCCACUGGUGACGUGCAGAACGACAGCCGUCACUGUGAAACUGCCUCAUGGAACAAGUCUGAAGAGGGUCAAAGCUCUGGGUGAAGAGGGGGUAGUUGGGAGAGCGCUCACAACAAACAUCCCCGGCGGAGUGUUGGUGGAGAUAUCGACGGCAGCUGACGCGGAUUCCAUCUUUGAGAUGAUUUAUGGAGACUCUGCUGGGGAAAUGUGGGGGAUGCUGGCGGCUUGUUUCAAAGCAGAAAGUAUAAAGGAGCAUGAUCAUCACCCGGAAGCUCCGGACCAACACGACUAUUUCAACCUUUGGGGCUUUGAGGAGAUUUCUCUUUCACCGCUCCUAACAGUUCCUGAACAGCCUUCUAUUUCAGAAACAGAACAACAAAUCUCAGAGUUGUGGGGAUUCAAUGAAAUUCCUGAUGUUCCAUUUACUGGAGACAAAACCGCUGAUCCGUCACACACAACAGCUGCUCCAACAUGCUUAACAUCCACUUCUGCCCUGAUGACCAGUUCCUCCACAACCACCAAGAGCCCUUGUCCAGAAACCUCUGCCUUCACCAGGCCAACAGCAACUACCCCAACCACAGCUGUUCCAACCACCACGAGUACUGCUCCAACUACUAGUGCCCCUCCAACCACUAACAGUGCCGCUCCAACUACAAGCACUGCUCCUACCACCACAAGCACCACUCCAACCAGCACGAACACCCCUCCAACCACCACAAGCGCUGCUCCAACCAUCACAAGCACCCCUCCAACCACUAUGAGCACAACUCUAACCACCACAAGUACCACUCCAUCCACAAUGGGCACCACUCCAACCACCAUUACUGCCGCACCAACCACAAGCACUGCUCCAACCAGCACGAGCACCACUACAACCAGCACAGUCGCUCCAACCACUGCCAGUGCUUUUCCAACUGAAAGCGCUGCUCCAACCACCACUACCACCGCCACAUUCACAAGCACCACUCCAACCACCACAGCCGCUCCAACCACUACCAGUCCCACUCCUACUACAAGUGCUGCUCCAACACCCACGAGCUCCACUCCAAACACCACUGUUUCUCCAACCACUACAAGUGCCGCUCCAACUACAAGUGCUGCUCUGACCCGCACGAGCGCUGCUCCAACCACCACAGUUGCUCCAACCACCACAGUUGCUCCAACCACUAUCAGUUCUAUUCCAACUACAAGCCCUGCUCCAACCAGCACAGGCGCUGCACCAACUACAAGCACUUCUCUUACCACCACGGGCACCCCUCCAACCACCACUACCGCUGCCGCAACCACCACGCACACCACUCCAACCAUCACAACCACGACUCCAACCACAAGAACUUCUCCAACUACUACAAGCACCGCUCCAACAACCCCAAGCACCGCUCCAACCACCACGAGCACCGCUCCAACCCCCACGAGCGCUGCUACAAGCACUCCAACCACCUCACCAACCUCAAGCACUGCUCCCUCGACUACGAGCACUUCUCCAUCGACCACAAGCACCCCUCCAACCAACACUACUGCACCCACAACCACUGCUCCAACCAGCAUGAGCGCCGCACCAACUACAAGCAACACUCCAACCACCACAGCCGCUCCAACCACUACCAGUCCUGCUCCAACUACAAGUGCUGCUCCAACCACCACAAGCACUGCUCCAACCACCACGAACACUUCUCCAAACCCCACAGGCUCCAGUCCAACCACUACCAUCCCAGCCCCAACCACAAACAUUGCCCCAUCCACCACGAGCACCACUCCAACCACCAGAGUUGCUCCAACGACUAUCAGUUCUACUACAACUACAAGCACUGUUCCAACCAGCAUGAGCGCCGCACCAACUCCAACCACCACGAGCACCGCUCCAACCACCAUGAGUACGGCUCCAACCAUCACUGCCGCUCCAACCACUACCACAACUGCACCAACCACCAAUGCUGCUCCAACAGUUACCACUUCUGCUCCAACCACAAGCAGUACUCCAACCAGCACAAGCGAUUCUCCAACCACCACUACAAUAGUCCCAACCACAAACACUUCUCCAACCACCACAAGAACCUCUCCAACCACCACGAGCACCCGUCCAACCACCACAGUCGCUCCAACCACUACCAGUACGGCUCCAACUACAAGUGUUGCUCCAAAAAGCACGAGUGCCGCUACUACAACAAGCACUGCUCCAACCACCACGAGCCCUUCUCCAACCUCCUCAAGCACUACUCCAACUACAAGCUCUGCUCCAACUACCACAAGCGCUUCUACAACCACCACAGUCACUCCAACCACUACCAGUGCUUCUCCAACUACAAGCACUGCUCCAACAACCACGAGCGCAUCAACAACCACCACAAGCACUUCCCCAACAACCACAAGCACCCUUCUAACCACCACAGUCGCUCCAACCACUAGCAGUAAUUCUCCAACUACAAGCACUGCUCCAACAACCACGAGCGCUUCUACAACCACCACGAACACUUCCCCAACCACCAUGAGCACCCCUCCAACCACCACAUUCGCUCCAACCACUAGCAGUGCUUCUCCAACUACAAGCGCUGCUGCAACCAGCACGAAUGGCGCACCACCUAUAAGCACUGCUCCAACAACCACGAACGCUUCUACAACCACCAUGAGCACUUCCCCAACCACCACGAGCACCCCUACAACCACCACAGUCGCUCCAACGACUAGCAGUACUUCUCCAACUACAAGCGCUGCUACAACCAGCAUUAGCGCCGCUCCAACUACAAGCACUGCUCCAACCAACAUGAGCACCGCAUCAACUACUAGCACUGCUCCAACCACCACAAGCACCCCUCCAACCACAACUACAUCCACACCAACCACAAUCUCUUCUCCAAACACCACGACUACUGCUCCAACCACCACAGUUGCUCCAACCACUAGCAGUAAUUCUCCAACUACAAGCACUGCUCCAACAACCACGAGCGCUUCUACAACCACCACGAACACUUCCCCAACCACCACAAGCACCCUUCUAACCACCACAGUUGCUCCAACCACUAGCAGUAAUUCUCCAACUACAAGCACUGCUCCAACAACCACGAGCGCUUCUACAACCACCACGAACACUUCCCCAACCACCAUGAGCACCCCUCCAACCACAACUACAUCCGCACCAACCACAAUCUCUUCUCCAACCACCACGACUACUGCUCCAACCACCACAGUCACUCCAACCACUACGAGUGCUUCUCCAACUACAAGCACUGCUCCAACAACCAAGAGCGCAUCUACAACCACCACAAGCACUUCCCCAACCACCACGAGCACCCUUCCAACCACCACAGUCGCUCCAACCACUAGCAGUACUUCUCCAACUACAAGCGCUGCACCAACAAGCACGAGCGCCGCACAAACUACCAGCACUGCUCCAACAAGCACCGGCGCUGCUCCAACCACCACCAGCGCUUCUACAACCACCACGAGCACCCCUCCAACCACAACUACAUCCGCACAAACCACAAUCUCCUCUCCAACCACCACAACUACUGCUCCAACAACCACAAGUGCUUCUACAACCACCACUGCUGCUCCAACCACUACCGGUGCUGCUCCAACUACAAGGACUGCUUCAACCACUACAAUCGCUUCUACAACCACCACUGCUGCUCCAACCAGUACCGGUGCUGCUCCAAGUACAACCAGUGCUUCUCCAACUACAAGUGCUGCUCCAACCAGCACAGUUGCAGCAACAUCUACCAGUGCUUCUCCAACUACAAGCGCUGCGCCAACCAGCAUGAGCGCCGCACCAACUACAAGCACUGCUCCAACAACCAUCAGCACUUCUACACCCACCAUGAGCACCCCUCCAACCACCACAGUUGCUACAACCACUAAUAGUACUUCUCCAACGACAAGCGCUGCUGUAAGCAGCACUAGCGCCGCUCCAACUACAAGCGCUGCUCAAACCAGCAUGAGCGCCGCAUCAACUACUAGCACUGCUCCAACCACUACAAGCGCUUCUACAACCACCACUGCUGCUCCAACCACUACUGGUGCCGCUCCAACUACAAGCGCUGCUCCAACCACCACCAGCGCUUCUACAACCACCACGAGCUCCCCUCUAACCACAACUACUGCCACACCAACCACCAUCUCCCCUCCAACCACCACGACUACUACUCCAACCACCACAGUCACUCCAACCACUGCCAGUGCUUCUCCAACUACAAACACUGCUCCAACAACCACAAGUGCUUCUACAACCACCACUGCUGCUCCAACCAGUACCGGUGCUCUUCCAAGUACAACCAGUGCUUCUACAACUACAAGCAAUGCUCCAACAACCACCAGCGCUUCUACACCCACCAUGAGCACCCCUCCAACCACCACAGUUGCUCCAACCACUAGUCGUACUUCUCCAACUACAACCGCUGCUGCAACCAGCACUAGCGCUGCUCCAACUACAAGCGCUGCUCCAACCAGCAUGAGCGCCGCAUCAACUACUAGCACUGCACCAACCACUACAAGCGCUUCUACAACCACCACUGCUGCUCCAACCACUACCGGUGCCGCUCCAACUACAAGCGCUGCUCCAACCACCACGAGCACCCCUCCAACCACAACUACUGCCGCACCAACCACAAUCUCCUCUCCAACCACCACGACUACUUCUCCAACCACCACAGUCACUCCAACCACUACGAGCGCUUCUGCAACCACCACGAGCACCCCUCCAACCACCACAGUUGCUCCAACCACUAGUAGUACUUCUCCAACUACAAGCGCUGCUCCAACCAGCAAGAGCGCCACAUCAACUACAAGCACUGCUCCAACCACUACAAGCGCUUCUACAACCACCACUUCUGCUUCAACCAGCACCGGUGCUGUUCCAAGUACAACCAGUGCUUCUCCAACUACAACUGCUUCUCCAAACACCACAGUCGCGCCAAUAUCUACCAGUGCUUCUCCAACUACAAGCGUUGCGCCAACCAGCAUGAGCGCCGCACCAACUACAAGCACUGGUCCAACAACCACCAGUGCUUCUACACCCACCAUGAGCACCCAUCCAACCACCACAGUUCCUCCAACCACUAGUAGUACUUCUCCAACUACAACCGCUGCUGCAACCAGCACUAGCGCUGCUCCAACAACUACAAGCGCUUCUACAACCACCACUGCUGCUCCAACCACUACCGGUGCCGCUCCAACUACAAGCACUGCUUCAACCACUACAAUCGCUUCUACAACCACCACUGCUGCUCCAACCUCUACUGGUGCCGCUCCAACUACAAGCGCUGCUCCAACCACCACCAGUGCUGGUCCAAACACUAUCAGCGCUUCUACAACCACCACGAGCACCCCUCCAACCACAACUACUGCCGCACCAACCACAAUCUCCUCUCCAACCACCACGACUACUGCUCCAACCACCACAGUCACUCCAACCACUACCAGUGCUUCUCCACCUACAAGCACUGCUCCAACAACCACAAGUGCUUCUACAACCACCACAGUCACUCCAACCACUACCAGUGCUUCUCCAACUACAAGCACUGCUCCAACAACCACAAGUGCUUCUACAACCACCACUGCUGCUCCAACCACUACCGGUGCCGCUCCAACUACAAGCACUGCUCCAACCACUACAAGCGCUUCUACAACCACCACUGCUACUCCAACCACUACUGGUGCCGCUCCAACUACAAGCGCUGCUCCAACAACCACCAGCGCUUCUACAACCACCACGAGUACCCCUCCAACCACAACUACUUCUGCACCAACCACAAUCUCCUCUCCAACCACCACGACUACUCCUCCAACCACCACAGUCACUCCAACCACUACCAGUGCUUCUCCAACUACUAGCACUGCUGCAACCACUACAAGCGCUUCUGCAACCACAACUGCUGCUCCAACCACUACUGGUGCCGCUCCAACUACAAGCGCUGCUGCAACCAGCACUAGUGCUGCUCCAACUACAAGCGCUGCUCCAACCAGCAUGAGCGCCGCAUCAACUACUAGCACUGCUCCAACCACUACCGGUGCUGCUCCAACUACAAGGACUGCUUCAACCACUACAAUCGCUUCUACAACCACCACUGCUGCUCCAACCAGUACCGGUGCUGCUCCAAGUACAACCAGUGCUUCUCCAACUACAAGUGCUGCUCCAACCAGCACAGUUGCAGCAACAUCUACCAGUGCUUCUCCAACUACAAGCGUUGCGCCAACCAGCAUGAGCGCCGCACCAACUACAAGCACUGCUCCAACAACCACCAGCACUUCUACACCCACCAUGAGCACCCCUCCAACCACCACAGUUGCUACAACCACUAAUAGUACUUCUCCAACGACAAGCGCUGCUCGCUUCUACAACCACCACGAGCACCCCUCUAACCACAACUACUGCCACACCAACCACCAUCUCCCCUCCAACCACCACGACUACUACUCCAACCACCACAGUCACUCCAACCACUGCCAGUGCUUCUCCAACUACAAACACUGCUCCAACAACCACAACGCUUCUACACCCACCAUGAGCACCCCUCCAACCACCACAGUUGCUCCAACCACUAGUCGUACUUCUCCAACUACAACCGCUGCUGCAACCAGCACUAGCGCUGCUCGAACUACAAGCGCUGCUCCAACCAGCAUGAGCGCCGCAUCAACUACUAGCACUGCACCAACCACUACAAGCGCUUCUACAACCACCACUGCUGCUCCAACCACUACUGGUGCCGCUCCAACUACAAGCGCUGCUCCAACCACCACGAGCACCCCUCCAACCACAACUACUGCCGCACCAACCACAAUCUCCUCUCCAACCACCACGACUACUUCUCCAACCACCACAGUCACUCCAACCACUACGAGCGCUUCUACAACCACCACGAGCACCCCUCCAACCACCACAGUUGCUCCAACCACUAGUAGUACUUCUCCAACUACAAGCGCUGCUCCAACCAGCAAGAGCACCACAUCAACUACAAGCACUGCUCCAACCACUACAAGCGCUUCUACAACCACCACUUCUGCUUCAACCAGCACCGGUGCUGUUCCAAGUACAACCAGUGCUUCUACAACCACCACGAGUACCCCUCCAACCACAACUACUUCUGCACCAACCACAAUCUCCUCUCCAACCACCACGACUACUCCUCCAACCACCACAGUCACUCCAACCACUACCAGUGCUUCUCCAACUACUAGCACUGCUCCAACCACUACAAGCGCUUCUGCAACCACAACUGCUGCUCCAACCACUACUGGUGCCGCUCCAACUACAAGCGCUGCUGCAACCAGCACUAGCGCUGCUCCAACUACAAGCGCUGCUCCAACCAGCAUGAGCGCCGCAUCAACUACUAGCACUGCUCCAACCACUACAAGCGCUUCUACAACCACCACUGCUGCUCCAACCACUACUGGUGCAACUCCAACUACAAGCGCUGCUCCAACCACCACCAGCGCUUCUACAACCACCACGAGCACCCCUCCAACCACAACUACAUCCGCACAAACCACAAUCUCCUCUCCAACCACCACAACUACUGACUGCUUCAACCACUACAAUCGCUUCUACAACCACCACUGCUGCUCCAACCAGUACCGGUGCUGCUCCAAGUACAACCAGUGCUUCUCCAACUACAAGUGCUGCUCCAACCAGCACAGUUGCAGCAACAUCUACCAGUGCUUCUCCAACUACAAGCGUUGCGCCAACCAGCAUGAGCGCCGCACCAACUACAAGCACUGCUCCAACAACCACCAGCACUUCUACACCCACCAUGACGCUUCUACAACCACAACUACUGCCGCACCAACCACAAUCUCCUCUCCAACCACCACGACUACUUCUCCAACCACCACAGUCACUCCAACCACUACGAGCGCUUCUACAACCACCACGAGCACCCCUCCAACCACCACAGUUGCUCCAACCACUAGUAGUACUUCUCCAACUACAAGCGCUGCUCCAACCAGCAAGAGCACCACAUCAACUACAAGCACUGCUCCAACCACUACAAGCGCUUCUACAACCACCACUUCUGCUUCAACCAGCACCGGUGCUGUUCCAAGUACAACCAGUGCUUCUCCAACUACAACUGCUUCUCCAACCACCACAGUCGCGCCAACAUCUACCAGUGCUUCUCCAACUACAAGCGUUGCGCCAACCAGCAUGAGCGCCGCACCAACUACAAGCACUGGUCCAACAACCACCAGUGCUUCUACACCCACCAUGAGCACCCAUCCAACCACCACAGUUCCUCCAACCACUAGUAGUACUUCUCCAACUACAACCGCUGCUGCAAACAGCACUAGCGCUGCUCCAACAACUACAAGCGCUUCUACAACCACCACUGCUGCUCCAACCACUACCGGUGCCGCUCCAACUACAAGCACUGCUUCAACCACUACAAUCGCUUCUACAACCACCACUGCUGCUCCAACCUCUACUGGUGCCGCUCCAACUACAAGCGCUGCUCCAACCACCACCAGUGCUGGUCCAACCACUAUCAGCGCUUCUACAACCACCACGAGCACCCCUCCAACCACAACUACUGCCGCACCAACCACAAUCUCCUCUCCAACCACCACGACUACUGCUCCAACCACCACAGUCACUCCAACCACUACCAGUGCUUCUCCACCUACAAGCACUGCUCCAACAACCACAAGUGCUUCUACAACCACCACAGUCACUCCAACCACUACCAGUGCUUCUCCAACUACAAGCACUGCUCCAACAACCACAAGUGCUUCUACAACCACCACUGCUGCUCCAACCACUACCGGUGCCGCUCCAACUACAAGCACUGCUCCAACCACUACAAGCGCUUCUACAACCACCACUGCUGCUCCAACCACUACUGGUGCCGCUCCAACUACAAGCGCUGCUCCAACAACCACCAGCGCUUCUACAACCACCACGAGUACCCCUCCAACCACAACUACUUCUGCACCAACCACAAUCUCCUCUCCAACCACCACGACUACUCCUCCAACCACCACAGUCACUCCAACCACUACCAGUGCUUCUCCAACUACUAGCACUGCUGCAACCACUACAAGCGCUUCUGCAACCACAACUGCUGCUCCAACCACUACUGGUGCCGCUCCAACUACAAGCGCUGCUGCAACCAGCACUAGCGCUGCUCCAACUACAAGCGCUGCUCCAACCAGCAUGAGCGCCGCAUCAACUACUAGCACUGCUCCAACCACUACAAGCGCUUCUACAACCACCACUGCUGCUCCAACCACUACUGGUGCAACUCCAACUACAAGCGCUGCUCCAACCACCACCAGCGCUUCUACAACCACCACGAGCACCCCUCCAACCACAACUACUGCCGCACCAACCACAAUCUCCUCUCCAACCACCACGACUACUGCUCCAACCACCACAGUCACUCCAACCACUACGAGCGCUUCUACAACCACCACGAGCACCCCUCCAACCACCACAGUUGCUCCAACCACUAGUAGAACUUCUCCAACUACAAGCGCUGCUCCAACCACCACCAGCGCUGCUCCAACCACCACCAGCGCUUCUACAACCACCACGAGCACCCCUCCAACCACAACUACUGCCGCACCAACCACAAUCUCCUCUCCAACCACCACGACUACUGCUCCAACCACCACAGGCACUCCAACCACUACCAGUGCUUCUCGAACUACAAGCACUGCUCCAACAACCACAAGCGCUUCUACAACCACCACUGCUGCUCCAACCACUACUGGUGCCGCUCCAACUACAAGCGCUGCUCCAACCACCACGAGCACCCCUCCAACCACAACUACUGCCGCACCGACCACAAUCUCCUCUCCAACCACCACGACUACUGCUCCAACCACAGUCACUCCAACCACUACCAGUUUUUCUCCAACUACAAGCGCUGCUCCAACCAGCACUAACGCCGCACCACCUAUAAGCACUGCUCCAACAACCACGAGCGCUUCUACAACCACCACGAGCACCCCUCGAACCACCACAGUCACUCCAUUCACUAACAGUACUUCUCCAACUACAACCGAUGCUACAACCAGCACUAGCGCUGCUCCAACCAUAAGCGCUGCUCCAACCACCACUGCUGCUCCAACAUCUACCAGUGCUUCUCCAACUACAAGCGUUGCGCCAACCAGCAUGAGCGCCACACAUACUACAAGCACUGCUCCAACAACCACCAGCGCUUCUUCACCCACCAUGAGCACCCCUUCAACCACCACUGCUGCUCCAACCUCUACUGGUGCCGCUCCAACUACAAGCGCUGCUCCAACCACCACCAGCGCUGCUCCAACCACCACCAGCGCUUCUACAACCACCACGAGCACCCCUCCAACCACAACUACUGCUGCACCAACCACAAUCUCCUCUCCAACCACCACGACUACUGCUCCAACCACCACAGUCACUCCAACCACUACCAGUGCUUCUCCAACUACAAGCACUGCUCCAACAACCACAAGUGCUUCUACAACCACCACUGCUGCUACAACCACUACCGGUGCCGCUUCAACUACAAGCACUGCUCCAACCACCACAGUCACUCCAACCACUACCAGGGCUUUUCCAACUACAAGCACUGCUCCAACAACCAGAAGUGCUUCUCCAACCACCACUGCUUCUCCAACCACUACCGGUGCCGCUCCAACUACAAGCAUUGCUUCAACCACUACAAUCGCUUCUACAACCACCACUGCUGCUCCAUCCUCUACUGGUGCCGCUCCAACCACCACCAGCGCUGCUCCAACCACCACCAGCGCUGCUCCAACCACCACCAGCGCUUCUACAACCACCACGAGCACCCCUCCAACCACAACUACUGCUGCACCAACCACAAUCUCCUCUCCAACCACCACGACUACUCCUCCAACCACCACAGUCACUCCAACCACUACCAGUGCUUCUCCAACUACAAGCACUGCUCCAACAACCACAAGUGCUUCUACAACCACCACUGCUGCUACAACCACUACCGGUGCCGCUUCAACUACAAGCACUGCUCCAACCACCACAGUCACUCCAACCACUACCAGGGCUUUUCCAACUACAAGCACUGCUCCAACAACCAGAAGUGCUUCUCCAACCACCACUGCUUCUCCAACCACUACCGGUGCCGCUCCAACUACAAGCAUUGCUUCAACCAGUACAAGCGCUUCUACAACCACCACUGCUGCUCCAUCCUCUACUGCAUGA